GCAACAAUGUUCUGUUCCAUAAUUCCUCUGCAAAUGCUAGCUGGCGUUCUUUUCGCUACCAGACGUCGAUGAGUAAGGUGGUGUACACGGACACACAUAAUGGAAGACUGUUCAGACAACCGAAAUAAUUGCAUUUAUCAUAAAAACGCUUCAAUUGAUGAAACUGUUUAUUCAGACUUCAGCAUAUGUGCAGGUUGCGGAUUGGUUGUUGGCUGCGAGUGGCGUACAUCUAUUGAAGGAGGAGAAAAUCAUAGAAGGAAUAACAUUAUUUAUAAUGAAAAUCGGCAAUUAAAUGCACUAGACCUGACGACGUCUAAUGUAAUUUGUAGCAGCUCUUCGUCAAACCAAAUAUUACCCAAUAACGGCGAAACUAAACAAUUAAAAAAUAGUUCAGAACGGGGGCUAAUUAGAGGGCUUAACGAAAUUUUUGUAAUGGGAGAUCAUAUUAAUUUAGCACCAUCAAUUGUCGAUCGGGCUAAACUUUUAUAUCAAAAGAUUCAUAAACCCAAUUGUAUGAACAAUUCAGUUUCCGCUAAAGCAGCUGCCUGUGUACUAAUUGCUUGUCGUCAAGAAGGAGCACCGCGUACUUAUAAGGAAAUUUGUGCUGUUACUAAUGCGAAUCCGAACACUAUAGAGCUGUGGUCCAAAUUUAUUGUAAGACGCAUGGAUUUGAUAGUUGAUGCAACAAUCAGUGAUGAUUGCAUGUCAAGAUUUUGUUCGAAGCUAGGUUUGCCCGAAUCGGUUACAAAUGCUGCAAUACGUAUAUUAACACAAGCAAAUAGCAACGAAAUUGCAAUCAAUAAAUCCCCAACUUCAAUUGCCGCCGCUUCCAUUAUCUUGGCCUGUCAGACUAAAAGUCAUAAGUUCAAACUGAAGGAUGUUAGCGAUGUUACUGGUAUUAGUCAAAAUACAAUUAGAAUUGCUAAACAUGCUUUGCUGUUGGAAUAUCAGCAAUUGUUUCCAAUGGGCUGCAAAUAAGUUCCCUCAAACGAAUAGAAGUUAUGAGGUUUGUCUUUCAACCUAACAUUUUAAUUCAAUUUUUAAACUUUCCAAUAAAGAUAUUUACUUUAUACAUCCAUGUUGUCUCCAUGUUGAGAAAUGGAGAACCGAUAUAUUUAUAUACUGUUGUUCCAGAAUUAACACGAAUUUAUAUAUUAAAUAUGUAUGGAA